AUGGCUCCGUUUGUUCAACUUGCUUCCACCAGCAUUUCCCUCGUCUUAAACUCAUUUUUAUGCUGGCUGAUUGUCGAAAAGUCCCCAAAAACGUUGGGAAGCUACAAGCAGUUAAUGAUUUACACAUCAGUGUUUGAAAUGUAUUACGCUAUACUGGAUUUAGUUGCGGAUGUGACAGUUUUCUCUCAUGAAUUCGCUGUGGUAGUGUUUCGAGAAUACGUUCCAGGAGGUGUAUUCAAUCGCCAAUUUUCUAUGAUAUUGGUGAUAGCCUAUGGUGUAACUUUUGGUAUGUCAAUGGCUAUCCUGGCAUCUCAUUUUGUAUAUCGAUAUAGUGUCACUGACAGCAAAUUUCAUCAUCGCUACACUUCUGGUAAAAAAUACUUUCUACUUUUUAUGGCUCCAUUUAUCUAUGCUUUCUGGUGGACUUGUGCACUUUUGUAUGGAUAUUUACCAGAUAUUAUUGGUGGGUACACUACCGGUAUUAUGUUCAAUGUUUUCGGUGUCUCUUCUCAUAUUCAAAUGACGAUUCAAAUCUUUUUAAUGGGGAUUCAGGAGGUAGCAAUAUUCUCUGCAUUUCUUCGAAAGCAUCAAUCAAUAGUGACAAUUAAUCGUCGACUUGAACUGAAGAAAUUCGUAUAUUGGGGAUUGAUUGUUUUUUUCCAUUUCAUUAUGUCUUCAUUCGUCAUCUUCUUCUAUUUUGGAAGCAUAACCAAAGAGCAGCAGAACAGCUAUAUCAAGAAGAACCUUCCCAACCUCGAACAAGUUUUAGCAACUUUCCCCAGCUUGGAAAUUUAUGACCGUGAGGUGAACUCAUUAGUUAUUGUCUCAUUCGGCCUAAUGAUUCUUUUUAUCACACUUCUAUUCGUCGGCAUUUCAGUUCUCUCAUUUCAAAUAUUUUCCACUUUGAAAAGACACAAAAAGACGACAUCGAACAGGAAUAUCAAUCAACAUCGUGCAAUUUUUCAAGCAAUAUUUGCCCAAUUUUCAGUUAUCUCAUUUUGUUUUAUUCCUCCAAUAUUUGUUGUUAUACUUCUUAUUUUAGAGGUGCCGAAUACUCAAGGACAGGAAGAUGUUUCUGACGCAUGGAUCGAAUGUCAUCAAAUGGAAAAUGUCGGAGACUCGAGUCUGGUUGUAGAUUGCUUUCACUCCACACCGAAUCGAGCUGAUGAGCAAAAUGAUCUCCCCGAAUCGUUCUGGACCACCAUCUGGAGACUUCUGGCCGGAGUGCUCCAUGAGUUCAGACAUGCAUUUGUUGUGGAGGUACUCGAUGUCUUUGUAGGCGACUUUGCCGGGAAACGAGGCUGA